AUGAUGCCUCCUGAAAUUAUUGAUCUUACAGAAGGAGAAGCAUCUCCUCCACCACCAUCAAGAUUUUCAGAUGGACCAACAAUCCUUAAUUUUGCUGUGGUCGAUCCGGUUGUAUCCGAUUUUCAGAACCAUGCUACUACUACUAGUGUGUGGCCACCUUCAAUGCAUAUCUAUGAUCCUUCUGCUAAUCCUUCUCAUUAUCAUUAUCAGGGUUCUAAUAAUAAUAGUAGCAGCUUCUUCUUCCAACCCUACAUGCAUGCUCAUCAUCAUCAUCAUCAACCCGAUUGCCUCACUGCUAAUUGGACUCUCAGAGACCAUGAGUUAUUUCUGAUGGGACUAAGCAAUUAUGGAAGAGGACGUUGGAGUAAAAUAGCUAGACACUAUCUUCAUAACAAGACACCACAACAAGUUCAGAGCUAUGCUAAUAGAUUCUUUAGCCACCAAUCACCAUCACCACCACCAUCAUCAUCAACACAACACUUCUACAACUUUAGAAUAAGAAACCCAUCCUCAUCAUCAACAUACCCUUCUUCCGGAGAUGAACCAAUUAAGAAAACGCUCAUGCUUUUUCCCGAGAAGAAAGAGCAUAAUGAAAUGUUUGCUACUAGAGAAACCGCCACUACUACUACCAAUACCGCCGCUAAUAACUAUGAAUAUGGAUUCUUGUUUGGAAUAAUCCCAACAACAACUACUAUUGGUGCAAGCUCUUCUUCUUUCAUGAGUGGUAGUGGAAACUAUUAUGAAGAAAUUGAUUUGGAGUUGCGUUUGGGUAGUAGUUGA